UGACAUCAAUUAUUUUAACCGAUUGACCUGAUGUUGGAACAAUCGAUCAAAUGACAUCGACACAUAUUGGAUAGCGAUAAAUAAUCAAUAAUAAAAUAGUUUGAUACAAAUUGACUUCGGAAGAAGAAGGUAGAGGAUUGUCAAAAUGGAGGCGCACAAGGCAGAGUUGAGGGAGAGCCCAAAAGUCAAAGCGAAUUGCUUUUCUUUGAUAUUUUUCUGGUGGAUGAAAGAAAUUUUCACAACCGGAACAGCCCGAAGUUUGAAACAAGAAGACUUAUAUGCGCCUCUUAAGCGGGAUGAAUCGGAGGCUCUGGCAGAUGAAUUGGAGAAAAAUUGGAACCGAGAAUUGCAGAUCAGUUUGAAGGAAAAAAGGAAACCUAGAUUGAUCAACGCCAUCAAGAGCAGUUUCCUUAAAAGUUACUCCUUUUGGGGACUUAUAGUGUUCAUCGAUUUUGCUUGCAUUAGGAUACUGCAGCCGAUAUGCCUCAGAUACUUAAUAUCAUACUUCGAUCCUCAAAGUGAAAUGACUAAACAAGAAGCCUGGAUUGCUGCAACCUGCGUGGUUCUCCUGAGCGUCAUCCUGCUCUUCAUUUACCAUCACAGCACUUUGCAGCAGAUGCAGAUCGGGAUGAGGUGCAGGGUUGCUUGCUGCUCCUUGGUUUACAGAAAACUACUAAGACUAAGCAGAGCCUCUCAAUCCCAUCGAGUAUCAGCUGGUCAUCUGGUGAACUUGAUGUCGAACGAUGUCCAACGUUUCGACAUGGCAUCCGAGUACCUUAAUUUCAUUUGGAUCAUGCCAAUCCAGGGAAUAAUAAUAGCUCAUGUGAUCUACAGAUCUGUUGGAAUUGCUAUGUUUGCAGGAGUUUCUGCUAUCGUGAUACAGAGCGUUCCUUUACAAAGUUACCUCAGCAGAUUGUCUGCCAAUUUAAGAUUAAAAAUCGCCCACCGAACAGAUGAGAGAGUAAGAUUGAUGAACGAACUCCUAAAUGGUAUCCAAGUGGUAAAAAUGUAUGCCUGGGAAGAGCCUUUUAGGAAAUUGGUGGCAAAGGCCAGAAAGUUAGAAAUUAUCAUGGUCAGAAGAUCAGCUUACUUGAGAGGAAUCUCUUUGGCCAUAAAUGUUUUUACAGAAAGAACUACACUAUUUUUGACUAUUUUGGCAUGUGUUUUAUUGGGACAAGAGAUACACGGUAACAUUGUGUUCUCUUUGGCACAAAUGUAUAACAUUCUGCAACUGACUAUGGCUAUUUUGUAUCCAAUGGGAAUGACAUUUGGAGGUGAAGCCUUGAUCUCAGUUAAAAGAUUACAGGAGUUCCUAAUGCUAGAAGAAUGCACAGACAGCCGACCAGAAUAUUCAGAAAAAAUCAAACCAGUCAACGGAAACUCUGAUCUCCACAAAAACGGAGGAUUCAAAUCAGAUUCCAAAGUUCACCAGAUCGAAAUGACCAGACCUUUAUCCAGGAAUAUAACCGAAGAAUCAGAAAACGUCACCGAAUUGGAUAAAUUACUGGUGAAACCUCCUGAAGAUACUGGAAUCGAUAGAGUGAAUGCCAGUAUUAAAUCAGGAACUGUGAUUUUGAAGAAUUGCAAAGCCAGUUGGAAGGAAAGUUCUAUAACUAAUACCUUGAAUUUGAAUUUGAAUUUGAGUAAAGGAGUUUAUUGUGCUGUUGUUGGACCUGUUGGAUCGGGAAAGAGUUCUCUCCUACAACUCCUUUUGCGAGAAUUGCCAGUAAAAUCUGGAACCAUGCAAGUAGAAGGUACAACUUCCUACAGUUCUCAAGAAGCUUGGCUUUUCCCAGGGACAGUCAAAAAUAAUAUCUUAUUUGGUCUGCCUUUUAACAAAGAAAGAUAUGACAAGGUGGUUUAUGCAUGUGGACUAUCUGUAGACUUCAGACAAUUUCCACAAGGUGAAGAAACCGUCGUUGGCGAUAGAGGAUCAUCUUUAAGUGGAGGACAAAAGGCCAGAAUUAAUUUAGCAAGGGCCUUAUUUCGAUCAGCUGACAUUUACCUCCUGGAUGAUCCCUUAAGUGCAGUGGACAACAAUGUAGGAAAACACAUCAUCAAUAAUUGUUUAAGGAUGUCACCAGGUUCAGGUGGUGACAAUAAAGAAACUGCAGUUUUGGAAGGGUUUACUAGGAUCAUUUGCACGCACCAAGUUCAUUUGUUGAAGGAAGCUGAUGUUAUUUUGAGAUUGGACAAUGGAAGUGUUGCACAAACUGGUACAUAUGAGGAAUUAUCUAAAACACCAGCAUUCCAAGAACUUUUAAAUCUUCACACUCAUACUGCUGACGAUAGUGCACAGAGGAAAAAUUCUGAAAGCCAGGACAAUGAGGAUAAGGAAAAUAUAGAUGAAGACGAAGAACCUCAGUCCAUCUCAAUAGGAAAUGGUGACGUAAAGAAAAACCAGGAACAAAUGGCACAAGGAUCUAUAAGUUGGAUGUUGUACUGGAAUUACUUUCGAUCAGGAAGUGGUGUAUGCACUCUGGUCUUCCUUGCAACUUUGUUGAUAAUGAGCCAGGUUGUUACAUCAGCCAGCGAUUACUGGCUCACGUUCUGGACUAACCAGGAAGAAAUCCAACGCGCCCUUCGUCGAAAUUCAUCAACAUCCGACAACUCCAGUCUUCCAUUCUCAUUUGGCAACCUCUUCGACAACCUGGAUUUUUCUGUCGACAACAAAUCUUUGGAUACAACUCAAAAUAUCACUCUUCCUCCAUCUUUGUUAGAGGAAUCAGGAUUCAACCUAACUUUCCUGGAUGACACAGAUCUCAUAGAUUAUAUUGAAGCAACAAAUGGUGGCAUGUUGACCAAAAGAGUUGCGAUUUAUGUCUAUGCCACUCUGAUUUUGGGAUGUAUCGCUUUUAUGAUUGCUAGAUCAAUUUUGUUCUUCAGAGUUUGCAUGAGUGCAUCGAAAGUUAUGCAUGAUACCAUGUUUUCAAGAGUUUUGGGGACUCCUAUGAGGUUCUUCCAUUUGAACAACGCCGGAAGGAUCCUGAACAGAUUUUCUAAAGACAUGGGAGCAGUUGAUGAGUUAUUGCCAAGGAAUAUGUUAGAAGCACUUCAGAUAUUUCUGGUGACCAUUGGUAUUUUCGUAAUGAUCGGUUUGGUGAAUCCAUGGAUCAUGUUGUUAAUUUUCCCAAUUGGAGUAAUGUUCUUCAGGUUGAGAACUUUGUAUUUAAGAACCGCACAAAAUAUCAAAAGAUUGGAAGGAAUCACUCGUAGUCCAGUAUUUGGACACGUUGCUUCAACUUUUUCGGGGUUGCCCACAAUAAGAGCAGCUAAAGCUCAAACUAGAUUGAUGCGCCAAUUCGAUCAACUUCAGGAUGGACACACUUCAGCCUGGUACCUGAGUAUAGCAGCCACAAAUGCCUUCGGCCUGUGGCUGGACGCAAUUUGCGUCAUAUUUGUGGCCUGCGUCACAUUUAGUUUUCUUAUCUUGGAAAACGAGAAUACAUUCAGUGGCAGUGUCGGUCUAGCAAUUUCCCAAGCUUUGAUUUUAACUGGAAUGUUGCAAUUCGGAGUUCGUCAAACUGCCGAAGUCGUCAAUCAGAUGACAUGUGUGGAGAGAGUUAUGGAUUACACGAAACUAGAGCAAGAAGUCACUACAGAUAAGGAACCAGAAAAAGACUGGCCCAAGUAUGGCAAAUUAGAAUUCAAAGACAUAUCUUUGAAAUAUGAUCCAUUAGGUUCGCCAGUUUUGAAGAAGCUCAAUCUUACUAUUGAACCAGGAUGGAAGGUUGGCAUAGUAGGUCGUACAGGUGCAGGUAAAUCGUCAAUAAUCGCAGCCUUAUUCAGAUUAGCCUACAACGAAGGAUCAGUUAUCCUGGACGGUUUAGACACGAAUGAAGUGUCCUUAAAAUCUUUGAGAUCUAGAAUAUCGAUCAUUCCACAAGAUCCUGUAUUAUUCUGUGAUACAAUCCGAUAUAAUUUGGAUCCUUUUAAUAUCUACACGGACGAGCAGAUUUGGAGAUCAUUGGAAGAUGUGGAAUUAAAAGAAAAGGUCCACGCCUUAGAUCAGGCAGUUUCCGAAUCAGGAGGAAAUUUAAGUUCAGGGCAAAGACAACUGAUUUGUCUUGCAAGGGCUAUUUUAAGGAAUAAUCAAGUUUUAGUUUUAGAUGAAGCCACAGCUAAUGUAGAUACAAAGACUGAUUCUCUGAUACAGAGCACGAUCAGAAGAAAGUUCGCCCACUGCACGGUCAUCACCAUCGCCCAUCGUCUGAAUACGGUCAUGGAUUCGGAUCGUAUUUUAGUUUUGGACGCAGGCAAAUUGAUGGAAUGGGGAUCUCCUAAAGAUCUUGCCAACCAAGAAGGAAGUAUCUUCAAGCAAAUGUUACAGAGUAAAGUGGAACCAUCACAUUAA